AUGUUUUCCAGAAAUUUGGGUUCCAAUAUUUUAAGCAGUUUACCACCAGAAUUGUUUUCGUCCAACACCAAGCUUCAGUCUAUAAAUUUGGGUUCCAAUAUUUUAAGCAGUUUACCACCAGAAUUGUUUUCGUCCAACACCAAGCUUCAGUCUAUAUAUCUUUUGAACAAUGCUUUAAGCAGUUUACCAGCAGAAUUAUUUUCCUCAAACAUAAACCUGGUGUUUAUAAAUUUGGGUUCCAAUAUUUUAAGCAGUUUACCAUCAGAAUUGUUUUCGUCCAACACCAAGCUUCAGUUUAUAAAUUUGGAUUCCAAUAUUUUAAGCAGUUUACCAUCAGAAUUGUUUUCGUCCAACACCAAGCUUCAGUUUAUAAAUUUGGGUUCCAAUAUUUUAAGCAGUUUACCACCAGAAUUGUUUUCGUCCAACACCAAGCUUCAGUCUUUAGUAUUAUCUAACAAUAGUUUAAGCUGUUUACCAUCAGAAUUAUUUUCGUCGAACACCAAGCUUGAGAUAUUGGAUUUAAAUUUGAAUGCAUUAACCACAAUAUCAGCCAAUACAUUUGGGGCACUGACAAAUAUAUCAGCUCUAUUUGUAGAAAACAACCCAUUGGUAUGUUGCGAUUUGAAAGAUUUUAUUGAAUGGUUGGACCUUCAAACCAAACUUAAUGAGUUUUUUUUGGGGCAGUGCACAUAUUUAGCUAAUGAUACAGAUAUAAGAGACUUUAAUACUUCGGAAUGUGUAAUUCCUGAAUCGUGCAAGCAUGGCGACAAAAAUAAAAGAUCAGAUGGAGAAUGGAAGAUCCCAAGAAAAUGGAAAAGAAAACUUCACCAUUGAUUUCUGAGUUGAAGAGCAGUAUGGAGUACAAAGUGGAGGGACACUGGACUUCAGAAGUACACCCGGAGGGACACGGGACUUCAUCAUAAAAACACAACUGUAGGGAUAAAUAAAAACUGUUUCUCAUAUUACUUUUUGGGAUGUUCUAUUUCAUAUAUUGCCUCUCCUUUGAAAUCUUUUCUAUAUAUUUUCUAUGUAUUAUUUUCUCAUUACAUUUUUAUAUUUAAUUGAAAAAGUGGGUUUUGGUUUGUGUCCUGGUUCUUUUCAAUACAUUAUAUUUUCUCAUUCAGCUUAAAUUCUUUAUGUCGUUUACUUGUGUAUAUGGAAAAUAUUUGUCAUACUAAUUGGGGAUACAUUGUAGGAAUAUGAUAUGGUAUCUGUAACAUUGAAUUCCAUAGGAAUGAUUUAUUUGCCUUUUUUUUUUAAUAAAAGUUGAUGUGCAUUUGA